UCCUCUCUCUCUCUCUCUCUCUCUCAAGACACGACGAGACCGCCCACCCUGCCGCCGCCUCCCCAAACCAACAACUCCUCCUCCUCCUCCUCCUCCUCCUCCUCCUCCCACCGCAGCCAAUUCGUCCACCUCGUGCUCCGCUCCACGGCUCUGGAGAUCCAGCCGGGCUUGGAUUGCGGCCCUCGUCUCGUGGAUUUUUCGACCACAUGCAUCCUUCUGGAUUUGUCUAGUUCCUAAACCCUUCUUUCAGACUGGCAGAUAUCAAGAGAUCAUACACAUCUCGCACCUCUAAGUGGGUGUGGGCCUGCAACAAUUCCUUCUCAAGCCUAUCUUUGCCUUUGGGAGUAAGCCCAACUUACAUCUGGAGACUGCGCCGAGCCUUGGAAGGUCUUUUUGUUGAUUACGGCUAAUUUCCAACGGCAGCUGAGAUGUAACAAAUUUGCUGGGCUGAGUUCUCUACAAAAGCUCCUGUGAUUCAGCAAUGUGAUUGGUUUCACAGUGUUUUUGGUGUCUUGGUGAUUGAAGCGAUCUGGUGUAAGCUCAGUUCAGUUCAGAUCAGAGUUGAUUUCUUAUGGUUAGGUUCUUUUGCUUUUCAUCCUCUACCACACAACACAGAUCCAAGGAGGGUUUUCCCCCAGCAGAUGAAGCCAUGCGUGCCGCUGCAAGGAAGGAUUCUCGGGAACAAAUGGUGAAGUCCAGGACUGGGUCAGCUAGUCCAAACAAUAUGACAGAUGAAAAUAAUCGCUCAGCUGUGAGCGGGCAUUAUGGCACUAGCCCAUCAUCUCAUCAAGAAUGCUGCAGGUCAGAAGAUUUGAAUAGGUAUGCAUGCUCUGAUGAGGGCAAGGAGGUUGGGCACCUAAAGAAGAGCCAGUCUCUUGGAAACAUUCUUCAAAAGGAUCGUGAUCAUAAUUGUAGCGAAGGUACAGAGUGUGAUUUUACAGAUCAUGAGCACAAAUGCCACCACUCUACUUUCAAGAGCAUUGCAGUUGUUGGAGAAUCUAGUAAGGUGUGCAGCCCGAAAAAUGAGGAUGCUUUUGAUGCCUCAUCUGACCUGAUCAGCCAUGACUUUUGCGAACCUUUGGACUCCGAUAGCCAUCCUCACAUAUCUUAUGCCCAAAGCAAAUUCCCAAGAUCACAAUCCGCCAUAUUCCAGAAUGAUAACACCAGUGAUCAAGAGGGUUCUGUUGAUUCUGGGAUACUAGGGUCUCGUUGCCGAUCUGUUGAGGGCUUAUGUUUAUUGAUUGACGAGAAGGUUGACUACCUGAGUGGUGGUGAAAUGCACCGAUGUACAUCGAAUUUGGAUGUGUAUUGUGCACCUUCUUCUCCAGAUGCAUAUCGGACAUUAAACAUUGAAGAUACUGGCUCAGUUGGUUGCUCUGAUGCUGCUGAAGGAGGUCAACGGUCCACCGGGAGCACAGAAGAAAAUUUUAUCAGGGAUGGGAUUCUAGUAGGUCAUGAAUACUGGGAUGGCAAAUACAUUUGCGGUGACCACUCGGUGGAUCCAGUUGCCCCUUCCUGCGCUGAUUCAGGGCAUGCUUUUCACCACUCUGGAAAUUAUGGCCGCCUUAGUGAAGCUAUGGAUAAAGAGAGAGAAGAUAAGCUUUGGAACAGGGAUAGCACACAGCACCAAUCACUUGUUGUUGAAGUGCCUGACUUGGUGGACAUUUCUGAUACAAAGGACAUUAGUGGAGAAGCUGAUCACAAUAAAACUGAUAUUGAUGGGGACCCAAAUGAACUUACUCCAAGAACCUAUAACAUUAGAAGAAUUGAGGAUUGGAUCAACCAAAUUGAUAUGGAUGACAUCACUGUGGAUGAGCAAGGAGAAAGUUCAAUUUCUGCUUCGACUGAAUCUUGUGAGCCAACAGCUGGUGUUCCUGCUGUGCGGCCUGAUGCUAAAAGUCCACUUGGCAUGGAGAUAGCCUACACUUAUAUUUCAAAAUUAACUCCUGCUUCAUCGUCCGCACAGUUGGCAAACCUUGGUCUGGUUGCGAUACCAAGACUGAGCGCAUUCUCAGGCUUACGCUUAUUGAACUUAUCAGGGAACUCAAUCGUGCGAGUAACUGCAGGAACUCUUCCAAAAGGCCUUCACAUGCUAAGCCUGUCGAAGAAUAAUAUCUCAACUAUUGAAGGCCUCAGAGAAUUAACACGAUUGCGCUUGCUGGAUAUCAGUUAUAAUAGGAUAUCUAGAAUUGGCCAUGGAUUGGCCUCCUGUUCCUCGUUAAAGGAGUUAUAUCUGGCUGGUAACAAGAUCAGUGAGGUAGAUGGUCUUCACCGCCUUCUGAAGCUUAAGGUUCUGGACUUGCGCCACAACAAGAUUUCUACAUCGAAGGGCCUAGGGCAGUUAGCUGCGAAUUACAAUUCUUUAGAAGCCAUUAACCUUGAUGGCAACCCUGCACAGAAGAAUGUAGGUGAUGAGCACCUGAAGAAGUACCUGCUCGGUCUCCUGCCAAACCUUGUUGUGUACAACAAGCACCCAAUUAGAGCAACUGGUUCAAAAGAUGUCUCAGACCGUCAUAGCCGCAAAAUCUCUUCCUCACACCGUGCUGACCGUGGUGGCAGAUCGGAUCGCAAAUCUUCCAGGCUGGUGGGUGCCUCAUCUUCUCACAAGUCACAGAGCUCACGGCAUGCCCGCUCUGGGUAUGGCUCAGGUUCUACGCUGAAGCACCCAAGGACCCGGAACAUGCCCAUGACUUUGCUUGGGUCAAGACCAACCGAACAUGUGAGGUCCAUAGAUGCGGCGAAGCAGGCUCAGAUCAGUCAAGCUCAACUUCUAUAGCCUGUCGCCGUUGUGUAUGGAGGAACAAACAAGGCACCAGUUUUGCUGAUCAUUUUUUUUUUGUCUUGUGAAUAAAGCUUGGAGCAAUAAGCAGAGCAGUGGUUUCAUACCAAUCCACGUGUUUUGGAUUCAUCAGUGCUAUUGAUGUCAAAUACGAAUGGUACAAUGUAUCAGUUUUGGCGUUCAUUUUUUCCCUUACGAAUAAAGCUUGAAACAAUAAGACUAGCAUAUCUUUCAAGUCAUAUGUUCUGUAACAUAACAUUGCUGAGUAUGCUUGGCGAUCAAUGGAACUGUUACCUGCAUUCUUUUGCA